AUGAGACGCUUUUUGGCCACCGUCGCCGCCCUGGGCCUGGCAACCGGCAGCCUCGCCGCCACCCAUACCGUCUCUGUCGGCGCCAAUGGCCACAACUUCACCCCAAACACGACCUACGCUGACCCUGGCGACAUCGUCGUCUUCGACUUCUACCCCACCAACCACUCGGUCAUCCGCGGAGAGUAUUCAAACAACACUUCAUUAUGCGGUCCCGCUGGCUGCAACCCGUGCGUGCCCUGGGAACUCUACCAUGCCGAUGAAGACUACCAGGGCUUCUUCUCCGGGAACAAAUUGAUCGACAACUUCACAAAUAGGAAAACAUGGAAUCUCACCGUCAACAACACAGAACCCAUCUGGUUCUACUGUGAUGCGCUGGACUCAUGCUCGCCGAACGGCAUGGUAGGCGUAAUAAACCCGCAAAAUGGCUCUUCAUUUGCCCACCAGCAUACCGAAGCCAUGGACUCUGUGUAUCAGUUGGCACCGGGACAGACCUGGCCCGCCGAAGGAGGGGGUUCAUCGUCAUCAUCUAGCUCCAGCCACCAUAGCAGCAGCCUCUCGGGCGGCGCCAUUGCCGGAAUCGUUGUCGGCGCCGUUGCAUUUGUCGUCAUGGCGGCCGCGCUCUUCUUCUUCGUCGGCCGCAGCCGGGCGUACGGCAAGUUUUUCAAGCACGCGCACUCGCAGCCUCCCAUUUCGGAAAUCGGCGACCACGGCAGCCAGCCUGGCGGCGUCGCCGUCGGUGGCGGUUCGAUGCCACCGUGGUCGGAUCACACACCGUCACGCAUCGGCAGCCCGCCGCCCACGAUGCCGGGGAGCCCGCCCCUGGGGUCGGAGAAGCCCGCGAACCCGGCUCGCUGGAGUGACAGCACCGCUUUCACCAAUGCGAACAACCAGCCCCGCUACAGCUCCCCGCCCCCGCAGGAGCACCUGACGUUUGUGGGCUACAACCGCCAGACGGGCGCCCCCGAGUUCGCCCAAGAGUUACCUGGCGAUCAUGAGAUUCAUCAGGUGGGAAGUCCGGAUGCGCGCGUUAUCGGAAGAAGUCCGGUCGAGAUGGAUGCGGAAGAGGCGAGGAGAAUACAGGGCGGGCGAUGA